CCGCCUCCCGGCUGCGGACGCCUGCGAGCAGGUUGUUGUUUUUAAGAGAGGCGUCACUGUGCUCGGAGCUGUGACCGCUGCCACCGCGACAGUCAACGCAGUCGGGCGGAGGUGGCGCUGCUCGUUCAGACCUGAAAAAUGUCUGAAAAUUCCAGUGACAGUGAUUCAUCUUGUGGUUGGACUGUCAUCAAUCAUGAGGGAUCUGAUAUAGAGCUGGUGAAUUCUGAACAUGGCAUAGCCAGCGACAGCUGUGAGCUCGCUCCAGAAUGCACAUCUUUAGAGCAAGAGGAGCUACAAAUAUUGCAUUCAGAGCAAGGAGAGAGUAGCCAGAAUGACAUGGUGUUAAUGGGAGAAACUGCUUAUCCAGCUUUGGAGGAAACGAAGUCAGCACUUGAGAGAGAAGAAAAGUCGUCUGAAGACAAUGUCUAUUUUGGAGCUGUCAGUGAUGAUUCUGAUAUUGUUACCCUUGAGCCACCUAAGUUAGAAGAAACUGGAAAUCCGGAAGCUAUAAUUGUUGAAGAAGCACAGAGUCCAGAAGACUUUAACAUGGGCUCUUCUUCUAGCAGCCAGUAUACAUUCUGCCAGCCAGAAACUGAAAGGUGGUGGGAGAAGCUGUGGAAGAUUCCUGAAUGCAUAAGGGGAUGGGAUGAUCAGCUGAAACACCAUGUUCCUAGCCAACUCGCUUUCCAAGUAUUUUCAUCCCAGCCUAGCGACGAUGAAUCAAGUAGCGAUGAGACCAGUCAUCAGCCUAGUCCUGCCUUUAGACGACGCCGAGCUAGGAAGAAGACUGUUUCUAGUUCAGAAUCUGAAGAACGGCUACUCCCUGAACAAGAAACCGAACCCUCUACGGAGUUGUGUAAACGCCAGUUCAGCAGUGGUCUCAAUAAAUGUGUUAUACUUGCUCUGGUGAUUGCAAUCAGCAUGGGAUUUGGACAUUUCUAUGGCACAAUUCAGAUUCAGAAGCGUCAACUGUUAGUCAGAAAGAUACAUGAAGAUGAAUUGAAUGAUAUGAAGGAUUAUCUUUCCCAAUGUCAACAGGAACAAGAAUCUUUUAUAGAUUAUAAGUCAUUGAAGGAAAACCUUGCAAGAUGUUGGGCCCUUACUGAAGAAGAGAAGAUGGCCUUUGAAACUCAGAAAAAGAACCUUGAUACAGAAAAUCAGUAUUUAAGGAUAUCUCUGGAGAAGGAAGAAAAAGCCUUAUCUUCAUUACAGGAGGAGUUAAGGAAACUAAGAGAACAGAUUAGAAUAUUGGAAGAUAAAGGGACAGGUACUGAAUUAGUUACAGAAAAUCAGAAGCUUAAGCAGCAUCUGGAAGAAGAAAAGCUGAAGACACACAGCUUCCUUCAUCAAAGGGAGACUCUUUUGGCAGAAGCCAAGAUGCUAAGGAAGGAACUGGAGAGAGAACGGCAGAUAACCAUGGCUUUAAAGGUGGAGCUCCAACAGUUAAGCUCCAGUGAAUCAUAUGGCAGCCCAGACUCUCCCAAUGUAUUGACUGAAAAAAAAGAAAUAGACAUCUUACAGGAAAGACUCACUGAGCUGGAGCAGAAGCUAAACUUUGAACAGCAGCGUUCUGAUUUGUGGGAAAGGCUGUAUAUUGAGGCAAAAGAUCAAAAUGUAAAACAAGAAACUGAUGGAAAAAAGAAAGGGAGCAGAGGAAACCACAGGGCUAAAAAUAAGUCCAAGGAAACAUUCUUGGGUUCAGUUAAGGAAACAUUUGAUGCCAUGAAGAAUUCUACCAAGGAGUUUGUGAGACAUCAUAAAGAAAAAAUUAAGCAGGCUAAAGAAGCUGUGAAAGAAAAUCUGAAAAAAUUUUCAGAUUCAGUUAAAUCCACUUUCAGGCAUUUCAAAGAUACUACCAAGAAUAUCUUUGAUGAAAAGGGCAAUAAAAGAUCUGGUGCCACAAAAGAAGAAGCAGCUAAAAAACCAACAGUCUUUAGUGAAUAUUUACACCCACAGUAUAAGGCACGCACACAAAACCAGAAUAGUAGAGGCCCUACUAUGCAGAGAGAGGGAAGGAAAGGAAAGCCAGUUCACUUUGAAGAAUUAAAAAAAAAUACAAAAUCACAGAAAUGCAGUGCGGAGCAUGACUGUAGUACAAAUUUUGAUUCGUUCAGAAGGUCUUGUUCUGGUGUAUUUGAAUGUGCUCAACAGGAAUCCAUUAACCUUUUUAAUAUGAAAGUGUUGAAUCCUGUAAGGAUAGAUGAAUUUAGACAGUUAAUUGAAAGGUAUUUAUUAGAAAAACUGGAUAGUUUUCAUCACUGGAAAGAACUUGAUCAAUUCAUCAAUAAGUUUUUCCUAAAUGGUAUCUUUAUACAUGAUCAGAAGCUCUUCACUGACUUUGUUAAUGAUGUUAAAGAUUAUCUUAAAGACAUGAAGGAAUAUCAAGUAGAUAAUGAUGGAGUGUUUGAGAAGUUGGAUGGAUAUAUAUAUAGACACUUCUUUGGUCACACUCUUUCCCCUCCAUAUGGACCCAGUCGACCAGAUAAAAAGCAACGUAUGGUAAAUAUUGAAAACUCCAGGCAUCGAAAACAAGAGCAGAAGCACCCUCAGCCACAACCUUAUAAAAGGGAAGAGCCCGUUGAGUUGUGAAGAAUUUGCCGCCUUCUUAUGAGCUUGCUGACUUGUUCUAUUGUGAAAUUUCUUGCACAUCUGAAUAUUGUGGAAGAAACAAUAAAACUACACCAUGAGGAAAACUAAAGGUCUUUAUUUAAAAUCUGGCAUUUGUAUUAAUAUAUGAUUUUAUACUUUGUGAUAUUUUUCAUACAUUUACUCAGUAGUGAGUUUUGGUAAAUCAGUUCAGUGGUUGCUAGUUCAUGAAUCUUACCCAGUAUUUACAAGUGUAUUUAUGCAGCAUCUGAAUGUUUCUACCCAGCAAUAUCCCAGUCUAGAAAAGACUUAACACAUUUCAGAACUUCAGCUUCUGUUGAGUUUCCUUUUUAAUUUCCGUUCAUAGACAUAUAUGUGACUUCCAGUUCGACCUUCUGGCAAGUGAGUGUGGAAGAACACAGCAGUUCUCUCGUAGCUGUUUGAAAUUAGGAAAGCACUUAUUUCCUAAAAGUAAAUAAAUGUUUAAGUAAAUAAAGGCUACAUUUUGCUGA